AUCGAAGCCAAGGAGCUAAAGGAAACCAUUUGUAGUUCGCACAACUUCUCGAUGGCUAGCAGAGUGGAUGGUGCUAAUACGCUGGGGCCGUGGGGAGGAUCUGGUGGGACUGCAUGGUCAUUUGAGAAUGCUCAGACGAUCACCAAAAUCAAAAUUAGCGUAGGAGAUGUCGUUGAUUCAAUUACCUUCCAGUAUAUGGAUGGCGAGACAGCCCGUUGGUCUCCUAGGUACGGAGGUGCUGGGGGCAAACCUACAGAGAUUGAGCUUGGACCGGCCGAAUUCAUCAUCUCCAUAAAAGGCUACUACGGUACUUAUGCAGGAAAGACAAUUAUAUACUCACUCACUUUUGUUACCACAAAUCGUGAAUAUGGUCCUUAUGGCCGAGAGCAAGGAACUCAGUUUUCUGUACCGAAAGGUACAGGUUGGAUCAUUGGCUUCCACGGACGCUCGGGUACCCUACUUGAUGCAAUUGGGGUGUACAAAAAAACAUGUGUUGAGCCUGCCGUUGUGGUAGGGCCAUGGGGUGGAUCUGGUGGGACUACGUGGUCUUUGGAGAAUGCUCUGACGAUCACCAAAAUCAAAAUUAGCGUGGGGAAUGUCGUUGAUUCAAUUACCUUCCAGUAUACGGAUGGCGAGACAACCUGCUGGUCCCCUAGGUACGGGGUUGCAGGAGGCAGUUCUAAAGAGAUUGAUCUUGGAACCAACAAUAACCUCAAAGCUAUAUCCGGCUACUAUGGCAAUUAUCAGGGAAACAUCGUCAUAAAGUCGCUUACAUUUGUGACCACCACUGGCAUUUAUGGGCCAUACGGUCAAGAGGAAGGAACCGCUUUCUCCCUUCCUAUGAAAGCUGGGAAAGUUGUUGGCUUCUUCGGACGUGCAGGUCAAUGGCUUGAUGCUCUUGGGUUCUACUUGAAGCACACUUCGGCCUAGUCAUUCCAGAUUAGC